AUGACAAAUACAAGCGAAUUGGUUUCAAUGAAUACAUUGAAUUCGAAAUAUCAAACUUAUGAAUCAGUUGAAUCAAUUGACGAUCAAGAACAAUCGAAAAACGAUCGUAUUCGAAAUCUAAUAUCAAAUAUUUUGACUGUGAUCAGUUUGAUUUUUCUCAUUCCUGGUCUUUGGUAUCCAAUGAUCAAUAUUCAUAUCACUACUUUAGCACAAACAAUAACAAUAGUAAAUCAAACGCGAAGCAUUUUAACAACGAUUACCUUUCUGUUUGAACGUAAAGCAUAUCUUCCUGGAGUAUUAAUAGCUAUCUUUUCUGUCGUGAUUCCAUUUCUCAAAGCAGGCUUAUUACUAUUAAUGAAUAUAUCAAAAAGUGCACGAUAUAACUAUACAGUCUAUACAAUUGUUCGUGAUUGGGGUAAAUGGAGUAUGGCAGAUGUGUUUGUUACAGCUGUUUUUCUUUCAUAUUUAUCAACAACAGUAGUAGCUAAUAUUGAAGCAACAUUACUUCCCGGAUUCUAUUGUUUUUUAGUUUAUUGUAUCACUUCUUUAUUAGCUGUACAAGUCAUGGUUGCGCCACCUGAAGUGACUAUUGGAAAAAGUUGA